GUGCUGCAAUUAAACUGCACUCCCCGCUCGCUGAAGCGCGGCCUGUUUGUCUGUCGCCAUGGCGAACGCAUGGACGUGGUGUUUGGAAAGCAUUGGCUCUCGCAGUGCUUCGAUGUCAAAGGUCGAUAUGUUCGCUCAAACUUGAACAUGCCUGCCAGUCUGCCUCAGAGGAGUGGUGGAUUCCGGGAUUACGAUAAGGACGCCCCAAUCACAGUGUUCGGCUCCACGCAGGCCCGGCUUGUGGGAGAGGCGCUGUUGGAGAGCAACACCGUGAUUGAAUAUGUAUACUGUUCCCCGUCAUUGCGCUGCGUCCAAACUGCACAUCACAUAUUGAGAGGUUUGCAGCAGGAGAACAAACUGAAAAUCCGGGUGGAGCCGGGCUUGUUUGAGUGGACCAAGUGGGUCUCUGGGACCACUCUGCCAGCCUGGAUCUCUCUGGCAGACCUCGCCGCUGCAAACUUCAACGUGGACACAACAUACAGACCUCAUAUACCAGCAAACAAGCUAGCGGUUUCCGAAGCCUACGAGACAUACAUCGGUAGAAGUUACCAAGUUACCAAGGAAAUUCUGUCUGACUGCAAAAGCAAAGGUAACAACAUUCUGAUUGUCGCUCACGCUUCGUCGCUGGAGGCGUGCACUAGGCAGCUUCAGGGACUGCCCCCUCAGAACUCCAAGGACUUUGUCCAGGUCGUUCGGAAGAUUCCGUACCUGGGUUUCUGCGCUAGCGAGGAGCUGGGAGACACUGGAGUGUGGCAGCUAGUGGACCCCCCUAUCCUGCCUCUCACCCACGGACCAAACCACACGUUCAACUGGAGGGAGACUCUGGUGCAGGACUGAGAGAGACACACUAAAACAGAUUCAGCGUUUCAGCAUGAGCUUUUCAACACCCCCCCCCUCCCUCAACCCUUCUUUCCAUCUUCCAGAAAGCCUCAUAUUUGUGCAUUACAGACAGCAACAUUUACAUCUAUAAAUAUAAAUCUAUAUUCUAUGUAUCUAUAAGCCAAGCUGGUUUUCUGGUCUACAUGAUUUGAAGACUGGUCGUCCUGUCGUAGAAUGUGCUAACCAUGGCCUUUCAUGCAGUUAAGCGAGAGGUGCUCCACCUUUUCAGAAAGCGGGAGCAGUUGUUAAAACAAUGGGCCACCCAUUACCCUUGAUCUACAUACACAUUGCAAGCAGUUUCAUACAAGCAUAGCUCCCCACCCCUUUUAUAUAACAGAAAAAAAAGGUACUUCUACAUUUUAAAAUGAAAAAAGUACUUUUCUUCAAUCUCCUACAGAGCCCUGUUAAUUACAGACACUGUGAAGACUUUGGACAGCCCUUUUCCGCCUAAACUCCACCCACUUAAGCGCUUUCAGCGAUUCUAAUUGGGAGAUAGCUGCAGGGGCGGGGCCGCUGUUUUUGAUUGGUAGGCGGGCUGGAAACGGCAAAUCAAAGGAAGGCUGGUGCCGUGGUGGCCAGUACGUGGUUCAAAGGUGGAUUACAAGAUCUUUGAGAGAUCUCGGGCAGUUUUAAUGCAAGCCUAAAAUAGUUUUGAACUUGAGAUUGCAUUAUAAAAUAUUCUGACUUAGAGGUGUAGCGUGUGCAGUAGCGAGAGAGGAUGCUGUGAAUUCAGGGAUUUUAUGCAAGUCGUUCGCAUCCAAACCAGUACACUGCUUAACAAAAAAUUUGGUAUGCAAAAAAUAGGGGUUUUUUUUGGUCCCGCAUACGUGUAUGAGAGUACAUUUUCGCAGUUUAAAGUCUAAAAAGCACAGAGUUAGGAAUGGUCAAAACAAAAUCAUGCUAAGGUUUGCACUAGUAAUCAUUAAUAUGCAGAAAGUACUAAAGCCCCACUCAUUUCCUGUGACAUUUGUGUUUUGUUCUGCCGCUAUUGUAUUUAUUUUCCUAAUGCCACAUAGUAAUGAUUGGUUGAUAAAUCUUUUGUACAUGGAUUCACUUUUGCUGGUGGAUCACACCAAAAUGGACUGCUUGACAUAUUGACCGCCACUGGGUUUGUACUGUAAAACACAGGGUCUGGUUUUAAGAGUAAGGAUCUUGUGCAAAUGCUAGAGAGAACUAAGAAGAGGUUUUAUUUAAAGGCUUGGUUACCUUUUAUUUCUACUUGUGGUAAUUUUGCAUUUUUACAAUGUAAGUUAAUACAGAGAGUAGCAGAAGAGUUCUAUUGAAGACUCACUGGGGUCUAGCAAAGAAUAUGCAGCAGUUACAAAUAUGUCAGUCCGCCAUCAGCUUUAUUUUACACAGCUACGAUGUGAUCUUAUUGAAUGUACCUGAUGCUUGUAAAUGAUCCGCUUAUAAAAGAACAUGCUUUAUGCCUUAUUUAUUUAUUCAAAAUGCAUUCGGUGUCACAAAGUGCAAUGGCACAGCACUCUCUCUGAUGAAGGGCAGUUUCACAGAUCCUGACUGGCACUUCUCUUUUCUUGGACAAUGUUGUCUAGUGCUAAUCAGGUCAGUGAAACCAGCCAAUAACUACCCUAUUCACACUACCUGGGUAAUGCGCGAUCGUCAUGUUUUGAAAACCUGUUUCUAUAUUUGUAUUCACAUUUCCCAGUAACAUAUUCCUUUAAUGCACAAGCUGUACUUAAGAACUGUUGUGUGAUUAAUAUAUGAUUGGGAAUAAAGUGAACGACAAUGAUGAGGUGCAUUAUUUAAGUAGUGUGGGAAGGGUAUAACUGUUAGCUUCCAAUUGAAGCUAACACUGGGGGAGGUGGUUGUAAAAUGUGAAAAGAUAAUCAUUAUUUUUGUCUGCUCAGUUUAAACAAACUACUUUGGAGAAAGUCAUCUGAAUGUAUAUGUGGCUUGUCACACCAGCCUAUAGAAGCAUAUUGCACUGUAGUAUGAGAAUUGCUGUUAUUU